GGGCGAUGGGCCCGCGCGCCUUGCGCUUGCUGCGGCUGCUGGGGCUCGCGUGGGUCCUGCGGGUCCUGCGGCUCCCGCCCACCGGGGCCGGGCCAGGGCGGCCCACGCGAUCACAUUCUCUUCACUAUCUCUUCAUGGGUGCCCCUGAAUGGGACCGUGGGCUGUCCUUGUUUGAGGCCUUGGGCUAUGUGGAUGACCAGCUGUUUGUGGUCUACAACCAUGAGAGUCGCCGGGCAGAGCCACGUGCCCAGUGGAUCUCAGAUGCCACGUCAAGCCAGUUGUGGCUGGAACUGAGUCAAAGCCUGAAAGGAUGGGACCACAUGUUCAUAUUGGACUUCUGGACCAUCAUGGAUAACUCCAACCACAGCAAAGCGACAAAGCUGGGUGUAUUGGAGGAGUCUCACACCCUGCAGGUGAUGCUAGGCUGUGAGGUGGAAGAGGACAACAGUAGCAGCAUCAGGGGAUUCUGGAAGUAUGGAUACGACGGGCAGGACCAUUUGGAAUUCUGCCCUGAGACGCUGGGCUGGAGACCAGCUGAUCCUCGGGCCCAAGUCACCAAGGUCGAGUGGGAGAUGAAUAAGAAUAGGGCCAGACAGAACAAGGCCUACCUGGAGAGAGACUGUCCAGAGCAGCUGCGUCAACUGCUGAAACUGGGAAGAAGGGCCCUGGAGCAGCAAGUGCCGCCUUCUGUGCAAGUGACUCGCCACAUGGCUCCUUCCACCAUCACUCUCUGGUGCCACACUUGGAAUUUCUAUCCCCCAAACAUCACCAUCAAGUGGCUGAAGAACAGGCAGCUACUGGCUGCCCAGGAGAGUGGACCUGGGGAUGUGCUGCCCAGUGGGGAUGGGACAUACCAGGUCUGGAUGUCUCUGGCUGUGCCCCUGGGGGAAGAACAGAGCUACACCUGCCAAGUGGAACACCCCAGCCUGGACCAGCCCCUCGCUACUUCCUGGGGUCCUUCACCUUCUAGUGCCCUGGUCAUAGGCGUCACCAGCGCCAUUGCUGUUGGCAUAGCCAUCGUCUUCAUUGGUGUUUUGUUCCGAGUCUCAAGGAAGAGGCAAACUUCAAGAACGGCCUUGGGAGACUACAUCUUAGCUGAACAUGAAUGAAGAGAAGACCAACUCCAAGGAAGAGGAGACCAACUCCAAGGAAUCCC